CGCCCCGCCGUGCGGGCGGAGGCGCAGCUGGAGCGGGAGGGGCGGCGAGAUGAGCAGGGCGCGGGCGGACGAGGAGGAGUACUGGCACAGCUCCAAGUUCCGGGCUUUCACCUUCGACGAUGAGGAUGACGAGCUCUCGCAGCUAAAGGAAUCCAAACGGGCAGUGAAUAGCCUUCGGGAUAUCGUCGAUGAUGAUGAUGAUGACCUCGAGAGGGUCAGCUGGAGUGGAGAACCUGUGGGAAGUAUCUCCUGGUCAAUCAAAGAGACAGCCUCUGGCAGCACUAGCUCGCUGGAGGGCCGAGACUCCAGCCUACAGAAGGGCUCUUCCUCCUAUGCUGCGUUACCCAAACAAGCUUCUUCAUACUCCCUAAGCAACCUGUUCAAAGGACGAAACAAACUUCCAAGUUUCCAGUCUCUUUCAGAUGCCCUCACUGACACUGGAGUGAAAAACUAUGCCCCAGAGCUGCGCAGACCAAAAGCUGAGUACAAGGAUUACAGCAGUGACUGGAGCCCCAGAGAUACAGUUAGGCGAAUGCAGAGGGGCAAGGUCUGCUCUCUAGAGAGAUUUCGCUCCCUGCAGGACAAGCUGGUGCUCUUGGAUGAAGCUGUGGCAGGGCACGAUGGGAAUGUCAUUACAGCUGUCCUGAUAUUCUUGAAACGGACACUACGGAGAGAGAUCUUGUUUCGGGAGCUGGAGGUGCGGCAGGUGGCCUUGUGUCACCUGAUCCAUUUCCUUAGAGAGACGGGUGAGCAGAAGUUGCUUCUGGAUCUGCUCAGGUUCCUAGACAGGACUGAGGAAGUUGCUCUGUCCCAGUAUCGGGAGCACUUGAACAUCCAGGAUGUAGAAAAAAGGAGGGAAUUUCUAAAAGGCUGCAUUGGGCUGCCGUUCUCAGCUGAGGAUACCUCCCACGUCCAAGACCAUUACACCCUGUUGGAGCGACAGAUCAUCAUUGAGGCUAAUGAUCGGCACUUGGAGAUGUCUGGGCAGUCAGAGAUAUUUCGGAAAUAUCCUCGCAAGGCUUCAAUUCUCAACAUGCCACUAGUGACCACCCUCUUCUAUUCCUGUUUCUACCACUACACAGAGGCUGAGGGAACGUUCAGCAGCCCCACCAACCUGAAGAAAACAUUUAAGAUUCCUGAUAAGCAGUAUGUGCUGACUGCCCUGGCUGCCCGUGCCAAACUGCGAGCCUGGAAUGAUGUGGAUGCCCUCCUCACCACCAAGAACUGGCUGGGCUACACCAAGAAGAAGGCACCUAUUGGCUUCCACCGGGUUGUGGAGAUGUUGCAGAGGAACAAUGCUCCUGUGCAGGUGCUGCAGGAGUACGUGCGCCUGGUGGAGGAUGUGGAGACCCGGUUGAACCUUGCUACCAAAUACAAGUGCCAUGAUGUUGUCAUUGAGACCUACAGGGAUCUAAAGGAUCGUAUCCAGCUGAUAGCAUAUAAGUGCAAGGUGGAGCGGGGCUCUGCAGAAGAAGAGAAGAUAAACAGUAUUCUUAACAACAUGCAAAUCCGGUGGAAGAACUGAGCACCUGUGAAGGAGCCUGUUUGGCCAUUGCCUUGUCAGUGAAAGCAGAAACUGCAAAACCCAGUCCAGUGCCAGCAGAGCAGCUCUGUUUCUAAUCAUUGCAUGAUCAGCGUUUGUCAGUGACAGUGGGUGCCUGUGGCUUGAGGAACAGUGGCAUUCAGGCUGGUUGAAGGCAGCUACUCAAAUGUAGCCAUCAAAAUCA